GCGGUGUGGUCACACUAACCGGUUGCCGGCGUCAUUUUAUUGUUUUCGUUGUGAAAUUCGCGCACAAAAUUUAAGAAUAAAUAAAUAGUUAAAAAUGAGCACAUGGGAUCCCGAGCACGAUGUGGAGUUAACCGACUCCGAGGAUGAGAUAGCAAUGAAGCGCGACUUCCAUGGACGCGAGGCGAUACUUUUUGUUGUGGACGCCAAUUUAAAGACUGAUCGUUUGAUGGACGCUUUGAAAUUAAUACGCGGCGCUUUUAUAUCCGGCAUGCUGGUCAAUGGCAAGGAUCUGAUGGGUCUGAUGUUCGCUAACACGGCGCACAGCCCGCCGCCGCAGGAGAAACAGUGCCUGGAAAAUAUUGUUGUUCCGGCAAAUUGCGCCAUUUUUCUGCCGAUGCGCCAACUGACGAAAGCGAUUGUGGAGCAUUUCCUCGAGUUCAUGGCCAGUGCCGAGGAGCUGUUUGCCAGCGAAUACGGAUUGGCGCAGCCAGAUGGGCGUGGCAGCUACGCGUACAUGAUACGCCUGUGCAUCGAGCUGCUGGAGAAGUGCGGCAAGAAACUGAACAAUGCCAAGAUUGUCUACAUCACGGACGUGGAAGAGCCACAUCCCCAGUCCAGUCGCGAGUUCCAAGCGGCCCUGCAAAAGGCUAGCGAUCUGGAGGGCAAAGAGUUCGAGUUUCAAGUAAUACCCAUGAUCGAUGACUUUGACUACGAGCCCUUCUACAAGGAGUUCAUAACUCUGUCCAGAGCCAUUGAUAUAGAUUCAUUUCGUGUGCCGGAUGCUCAGCUGCAGCGCGAAAUACUUGAGGAUCGCAAACUGAGGCAGGACUUUUUGCGUCGCUGUUUGGGCCACUUUAACCUGUCGCUGGGCCCGAACCUGGCCAUAUCCGUGCAGUUCUACAACUAUUUCCAGCGUCGCGCCUACCCCAACAAGGUGCACAUCCUGCGGCGCGACAACAGCGUUGUGCGCAAGAAGCGCAUGAUAAUGGUGCGCAAACAGGACGAGGAGACGCAGGAGAUAACGCACGAGUACCAGAUCAAGACGACGGGCGGCUGGCACGAGUGUCGCGUGGGCGAUCAGGUGCUGCGCGUGACCACAGAGCAGCUGAAUCGUGUGCGCAAUCUGCAUCCGCCUGGCAUGAUGCUGCUGGGCUUCAAGCAUCGCUCCGCGCUGCCCGACAUCCACUACAGCAAACCGUGCAGCUUUAUGUAUCCGGAUGACCAGAACAUCGUUGGCUCCAAGCGACUGUUUCGUGCGCUGUGGCAGCGGUGUCUGGAGCGCCAGAAGAUCGCCAUUUGCUUGUUCAUGUGCAAGCGCAAGUCUGUGCCACGCUAUGUGGCACUGUUGCCCGUGGAGGCCGCCCAACCGGAUGACACAAACUAUCGCUCGCUGCUCUCGGGAGAUGGCUUUAAGAUUGUCUACUUGCCGGAAGCGAAACACAUACGCAACAUCGAUAUGUGCGAGUGGAACAGCAUUAAGAACACCUCAUCGGACGAGGGCGUCGAACUGUUCCAGAAGGUCAUCAAGCGACUGAGCGUUGACUAUCAGCCCAAUUUCAUCAAUGAUCCCAAUCUGGAGGUGCUGCAAUCCAAUCUGCUCGCUCUGGCCUUGAACAUUAAAACGGAGCAGGAUGGCAUCAGUCAGCUGCCCGAUCCUGCUGUGCAGGACAAGCGUAUUGAGAAAUUUCUGCCGCUCUACGACAAAAUCUUUGGACCCGAAGUUGAGCCGGCCAAGAAGCGUGCCGCCAAGUCGAGUGCAAGUGAUGAAAGCGCCGCUAAAAUGCCCAAAAUCGAUGAGGAGCAACUUAAGAGCCUUGACAUUGUCAAGCAGCUGAUCGAGGAUAAGCGUCUGAGCAGCUGCACUUCCGAGCAGCUGCGUUUUAUCCUUGAUCAACAUUUUGACGUUCGUCCUGCAAAAUCUACAACCAAAGCUGUGCUCAUAGAACGCAUUGAAAACUUGAGCGUUUAAGUUGAGAAAUUUUUACAGCAUUUGUUGGCUGUUGUAUUUAAGUGAAGUCUAUGAAAUAGUAUUAAGCAUUGUUACAUUGGAUCAGACUAGGAAAUUAAGUCAAAAGUAAUCAACUGAAACUGUUGUCAAAACUAUGAAUUGAAAUUAAUGAAAAGGUUAUAAACUAAAAGUUAUCGACUAAAAGAUACGAAAUACCCGUCACUAAAAUAUAUAUUUAUCAUAAUAAAAUUAAUUUAAUCACA